AUGCCCGAGACGCCACCACUCGACCCAGCUGCAACGCCUACUGCCAGUCCGAAGCUCAAGAGAUACACCCACGACUCUGUUGACGUGGCAGAGCUGAAAAAUAUGGCAGAGGAGAUACUGGGGGUGACGCCGUUCCAAUGGCAGCUCGAUGCAGCAGUGGCCAUUCUGUGCGGCGAGAACCUCAUCCUGGACGUUGGGACAGGAUGUGGGAAGUCACUGUGCUUCAUUUUAGCACUGCUCUUUGACCAGAGAGACAUUGCCAUUACCGUCAUGCCGUUAACAGCCCUCAUGCUUGACCAGACAAAAGAUACAAAGAUUCCUACAUUGGCUAUCUGUCAAGAGAGCAUCAAAGCCAUUGGACGUGCAAAACUAUAUGAGGUGCGUGCAAUCAUGACCUGA